AUGGCAAAUAUACAUUCAAUGUUGUCAAUAGGACAAUAUCAUGAUAUAUGUACGGAAGUUGUUACUAAUGAUUGUUCAAAUGUAGCUGUUUCUAAUAUUGGAAAUAAUUGUAAUGAAUCAGAACCAUUAGAAGAUUUACAAUGUUUUGUGUGUGAUGCAAAAAUUCAAGGACGUCAUUAUGCAUUGGCCACGUGUAGAACACAGACAUCAAGAUCUAAAGUAAUAGAAAAGCUUGGAGAAUUAGUUGGUGAAAGAUACAUGGUAGUAAUAUCAGAAGAUGAUGUAAUUUGUCGAAGUUGCGCCAAUCGUAUUAAUACACUUGAUAGACUUGAAGUUGAGAUGAUUAAUUUACGUGAUAAUGUCUUGCGAUUUUUGGAGCAAAAGUAUUCCUUGGAAGAAGGAGAGCUUCUUGGCAGUAACGAAAAGCAAAAACGUUCACAGCCACCACAAAUUACAAAGUGUAGCAAUCAAACUGUGACUAGUUACCAGAGCAAAAAAAGAGACAUUGCUUUGCCUUUUGAUGUUACUGAAAAAAUAAAAAAUAAGAGAAAUAAUAUUUGGUUACAAUGCGAUAAGUGCCAAUAUACCACCCUUCAUAAUUCAUUCAUGGUACACCAUGUUAGAGACCACAGAAAACAGAAAUUAUUCUGUGACAAGUGUGGCAUAGAAUUUUUUGGAAGUCAGCAAGACUCCCAUAAUUGUAAUCUGAAAGAACAUUUAACUGAACAAAAUAGGAAUCAAAAUGAACAAUUAGAAUCAUCUAUGAACAAUAUUACUCAAACAAUGAACAUUCCAAUUUUGGACAAAACAAUGCAACAGAAUGUACCAAUCAUGACCAUUAAUACAUAUUCAGAACCACAAAUCUCAAAUCAUAAUGAAAAUAUACCUAUAAUAAGAUUAUCAAACUCGGAAAACAUACCAAUACAAAACAUUUUAACUUCUGACAAUACUGCAAGCAGUCAGCCAAUAUAUGUACGUGUUUUGCAACCAGUUGAAAUUAACGAAGCACCAACACAUUCUACAAUGGUGGGUGUAUCAAAGUCUGAUUCAGAUCUAUCAAUAAAACAGUUCAAAGACAGCUCAGGAAAGCAAAUUUUGACAUUAACGGAAGAUGGGAAUUUGGAAAUGACAGAAGUACCAUGCUGGAAUAAUAUGCAGUCAUCUGAAUCACAAUCCAAUAUGACAUAUCAAUGA